AUGAGCGAUUAUCAAGACCGCUCCCCUCAAGAAGCGGUUGCAGAGCUCGGGAGAGUCAUUCAGAGGAGACGUCGGCCCCCACUCUCCUGUACAGAAUGUCGACGACGCAAAUUGAAGUGCGAUCGGUCACUUCCAUGCGGACAAUGUGUUCGCUCAAAAACUGCGGACUCGUGUGUCUUUUUUCACGUAUGCGACUGCCUCGUGGCUCGCCAGAGCAACCGGGGGGGGACAGGUGGCAUGUUUGUGUUCGACUCGAAGAUGGGUCCCAAGGCCAGUGUGAAUCGCAUAUCCAAGCGCAGCCAUCCCGAUGAACUCCAUGAGCUCCGCCACCGACUGCGCAUGUUGGAGCAUGCACUAGCAAAGCCCGGUGGUGCCCUUCAAACCCCCGAAAAUUCCAUCUAUGACAGCCUCUCUGAAGUGGCCACUUCUCCACAUAGUCUAGAAGGAGCUGGUGUAGAUGAUCGGGUUCGAUUCCUGCCUGACUCCAGUUUCCGAGGUAAGAAGGGCAAAACCAGAUACUUCGGUCGAAGCCACUAUACGACGACCGUAUCAUUUUUCCAGGAUAUUGGCACCUUUAUGCGCCGUAGCCACAAGAACAUCAAGGACAAGGAGUAUAGUGACAUGAAAAAGUUCAAGUGUGAGAUGUGGUCGCGCGAAAGCCAGGAGCACCAGCGAUCCUUUCGAGAGCAGGCCUUCAAGCUAGAAGAGAUGGUGCCAUCUCGAACCAUCACGGACCAGCUUCUUCAAUUAUAUCUUGACACGUUUGAGACGACCUACCGGAUUCUCCAUAUUCCGAGCUUUCUGAAGCAAUAUGCCGAAUACUGGGCCAACCCUCAAAAACCAGAUGUGGGAUUCAUUGCGCAGUUGCUGGCAGUCAUGGCAGCAGGAAGCCAAUUUUAUUUGCCUUCUCCCGAACGUGAUGAACGGGACGCUUACCAAAAACCUGCGAUAAAGUGGAUGAUGGCAGUGCAGUCAUACAUUUCUUGCACCUUUGUGAGCCCGGAUAUUGACCUUAAGAUGAUCCAGACGCAAUGUCUACUCUUGGUUGCUCGAAUUUCAAUUGCUAGCGACGGCGAUGUUGCCUGGGCCUCAUCGGGCUCCCUCAUUCGAUCUGCUAUGACUAUGGGACUACACCGCGACCCAACCCGCUUUCGCAAGGCGACCACCCCAUUCUGGUCGGAACUGCGCCGUCGACUGUGGACAACUAUCGUGGAGCUAGAUCUCAAGAUCUCGCUCGAUCGCGGUGUCACCCCGUCAGUUGACUUGGACGAGUGUGAUUGCGAUACACCUUCCAACUGGGACGACUCUGAAUUAUUCGAAAAAAUGGAAAAUAACCCGGCACCCUUUAGCACUGCAAGAUACACUCGGAACUUUUAUCAGUGUCUUCUCACGAAGACGCUGGGGCUCCGUUACCGCAUCGCAAAGAAAAUCAACACGCUAAGAUUUGACUUAUCAUACGAUGAGACCUUGCAGAUGAGCGAGGAAUUGAUUCGAUCGAUGAAAAACGCAUCAGACUUGUUUGAUGAUAAUGCAUCUGCAAUCAAUCCCUCCGACGCGCCUCGACACCGAUUCGCCCAGUCAUUGCACUUGUUCAUAAUGCGCAAGUUCCUACUUGCGCUCCACCGACCUUUCUCUCUGAGCGUCGUGCGCCUACCGAAAUGCUCCUACUCUCGAAAGAUCUGUUUAGAAAAGUCCUUGGAGAUAUUAUCGCAGAUGGAACUUCCAGUGCCCGCUGAUGCGAUACUUUAUCCGCAUAUUACACAACUCGGAAGUGGAAUGUUCUGUGAUGAAACCUUCCAUGCUGCGGUCACAGUUUGUGUGGAGCUAUCGCUACAAGCCCAAGAAAUGAGCCAAUCAGUAGGUCAAGCCAUGGAAGGAAUGAACACUAGUGUUCUGAUGAGCAUGGUACAAUCGCAGCAGAAUGUGAUGCUGCAAGCAGUUGAGCGUACCUUGGACGACUUUGGACGACGAGCUGGGAAAAUUGGCAAGGGAACAAAGCCAUACUUCUUCUUGAGCAUCAUCUUGGCAUCCGUCAAGUCUCGCAUCAAGGGAGAGGAUCCACUGUCAAUGGUCGAGGCAGCGUCCAAACGAGCUGUUCGAAUUGGACGGGGAAUAGUUGGCGGUCUUUCAUAUCACGAGGCACUGGCCAACGCAGACCGCCAGCCUGAACAGGUGAGCUCCCUGUCCUCUUCUUCCUAUGAAGAAGCCUUGCUUAUAAUGAGGGAUCAGCUUGCUCUUUCUCUAGCGGGACAGAUAGGGACAACGCCCCUGUCUGGGUCUUCAAAUGGUUAUGAUUUUCCUUUACUGUCAACGGAUUUUGGGGAUUUUACCCCACUCGAUUUGGGAGGCUGGUUUGAUAGCCUAGACCCGGGUGGAACGGAGCUAUGGGACAACAAUUUCUUUGGCAACCUGCCACAAUUUUGA